AUGACCCGUCCCAAGGUCCCCGAAGACAAGCGUCAACGGACCGCCCAAGCUUGCGACACUUGUAAGCGCCGGAAGCAGAAAGUAAGCACCUGUCUCUUCUACGUCCCUGUCUCCCCCCCGCGAAGCUUGCCCGAAACCCAAACGAUGCUAUCGCCAUUGUCCCUUUUCCCUUAUUAG